UUGGGACACAAGAGAGUGAGCGCAACAUGGGGAUUUCGGCUUUAUAUCCUCCAGGCUGUCAAUGUGCUUUUGGUCUUUUAAAGAAGAGUGAAUUUUGUCAUUUUUACUGCAGCAGGAUAUCUCUAAACACCACAACAUCUGCAUCUAGGCGGAUGUCUUCUGAACAAAAGGAUGGGAAGCUGUUCACCGAAGCCUGAGGCCUUGCCUUCUGAAGAGCAUAAUUGGAUACAGACAGUCACGCUUUCACACAGUAAAGGAAAUUAUUCUAUUUUUUGUUAUUGCUUCUUGUUUACUCAUGAAUUCAAAGUAAACUCAGGUGACAAACAUCAGACAUAAGGAAGCAAAAUUCAGUUCCGCCACUGUUGACAGAAGAAGUAAUGAGGCCGUCUGAAAGGAACGUAAAGCAUUUGUUUCAGCAUCAAAAUGUCACUGCUGACCUUUUGUCCCAGGGAAAAGAAACAUAUUGACAGGGAUGAUAACAAGGGCACUGAGGGAUUCCAGGACUUCUCCAAAUGUCCUGCUUGUAACAGAGAUAAUGAGGAGAUCCUAAUCCUGCCGUGUUCUCAUACCAUGUGUGUUCACUGUAUAAAAAGGGAAGGAGAGAAGAGGUCAGCUCAGUCUCCCCGUUAUGAUGUGAGCCCACGUGCCUGCUCAGUGUUGUGUCCAUUAUGUAUGUAUGACGUGGAGCUGCCAUGCAGGAUGUGGUCAACAGCUCCAUUCUGUCUCCCAAAAUAUCCUUCUCUUAAGUCUGAAUGUGUCUCACGUGAGGACACAUCGGUACCACACCAACCACCACCUUCAAGCAUGCACGGACGCUCCAAUGCUGUGACUGCACAGGAAGUGACAACACAAUGUUCCAGUGCGUGCAGCUUCACUGUAUCACCAGCUGAGGGCGAUGUAGAACUACAGGAGGAGGCGAUGGAGCGGUCUGUUUUUGGUUUACAUUUCUCUCUGGACCCAGUAACAGCCCACCCUUCCGUCCAUCUGUCCAACUCCUCCCUCACCGUGACUUACCAAAAAGAUAUCUCUCCUGAUCUGCUUCCAAAAAAUGUCAAGAGAGUAAUGAUGACCUCUGACCCUCGGGUGAUGGCUUACCUCCCUCAAGUUUAUGCUAAUGUUGUCAUUGCACACGGGCAGUAUUACUGGGAAGUGGAGGUCUGCAACAGUUCUCUCUACAAAAUUGGUGUGAGCUCUCCGGACGGUCGUGAAGGCUGGUUUGUGGAAAGACAGGGUUUGUUGUUUUUUACUGUUUAUGAUGGAAGACGGGAAUUGCUCAACAUAGUCCCACCUCAGAUCAAAACCAUUGGACUCUUUCUUAAUUUUGGAGGAGGUGCUCUGAGCUUCCAUAACCCUGUGACCCAGGAGCACCUUGUCACCCUACCUACCCGCUUUAAUCCGCUAGGAGUGUUGCCAACUGUGGGCCUCGCUCAAGGUUGGCUACGUUUGCGUUGCGGCCUUCCCCCUCCUCUCCAUGUUUUCCUCAGUAAAAACUCAGCCUUUAGAGGGCCCUGUGGAUCUGGUAGAGGCCGGGGGCGGAGGGAUAUUUCCUUCCAGUCAGUACGGAAAGUUAUACAGAAGUUUGAGGAGAUGUCAGCUACGAAUAUUGCUGUAAAAUCUUGUUUUGGACCACCCUGCUCCUGAGGCUUCUGUGGUACAAAUCUCUCUGGGCACACAGGACAGGAAACAGGCAGAAGACAAUUCUACUCCAUAAUGGAGACAUCCAUUGACAGACUCACAAAUCCUCAGAAAGGUUUGAUCAAUGGGUGCAAUUUGAAAGGCAAAUGUUCCAUAUUGAAGGACUUUCAGAUGCUUCCUUCAAUUCUCUGUGUGACCCCAGACCUCUAAUUGACUCUCUCCCCAGGAGACAGUUCUUUCCCUCAAUCAAUCACCCCCGCUGCUCUGGGCUUGAUCCAGAAUGAGUCCUCAGUAUUAUGAAGUGUAAGGAAAGGGUGGGCUGCUACCAGUAUGACUUCUUAAUUUGUCUCUGUGUGACACUCGUCUGACAGUAGGUGUCCUUGCACUCCCAACGCAUCCCUGUACGCUUGAGCAUUAGUUCUACGACCCAAAGUGUGUGCUUUUGUAUUGCUGGUAUGUAAACAAGCAGAAAUAAAGUGUAAGGUGAGAAAGAGAGGUGUAAGUACAGUGACACCAGUGGUGUCAACUCAGAGCAGCAAUAACAGGUGGUACCACACGUUUAUCCCACGCUCUGCCUUCGAUCAGACAGUAGGCUGCCCUUUCUUGACCUUUUCAAACCACAGGACUCCUUAAAACUUCAAAAGGGACAGCAGAGCGCAAGAGAACAGAGAAGAGGAGGGGGGGAAGAGAAAACAGCAUGCAUGAAAUAAAGACAGCAGGUGACGGUCAAAAGAAAUGAGCUGAAGGAGGAUUUCCCAGCAGCUUUCAAGCCAAGACUCCCUGAAAAGAUCAAAUGUCUUUGGCUGAAAAUUAAUUUCAAACUGCCACUGAGUUGCAUUGGCCAAACAAUUUACAUUAGAAGUGUGGCGUCAGUAUUUCCUUUGCACAUUUGUCGGUCAUGGGAGAAAUAAUUAAAUGAUACUGUACUUUCAAAGGUUUGCUCCCUUACUCGAAUAUUAACAUUCAACAGCAUAAAUACACGCUGAUAAGCUGGACUACAACCCUGCAGUUAUGUUUUAAGGUCUGGGUUCAUCAGUCUCACAACGUCAACCCAAUUGAAAACUUGUGGAGGAAGUUGACUCUUAGGCCAACAAAUUUGAGUACACCCCUAAGUGAAAAUGUCCUAAUUGGGCCCAGUUAGCCAUUUUUUUCAUGUUACUUGGUCUCAAGUGUGAAUGCUGAGCAGCUGUUAAUUUUUUUGUUAUUGCUCUUCUACCCUCUCAUACUGGUCACUGAAAGUGCAAAAUGGCACCUCAUGGCAAAGAAUUCUCAGACAAGGAUAUUGAAGCCAUGUCUUGUGGUCUGAUGAGCCCAAGAUAAAUAUAUUUGGUUCAGAUGUUGUACUUAUAGCGGCUUGGUGGUGCACUGGUUAGCACGUCCGCCUCACAGUUAGAAGGGUGUGGGUUUGAUUCCACCUCGGGCCCUCCCUGUGUGGAGUUUGCAUGUUCUCCCCGGGCCCGCGUGGGUUUUCUCCGGGCACUCCGGUUUCCUCCCACAUUCCAAAAACAUGCUUGGUAGGCCGAUUGAAGACUCCAAAUUGUCCCUAGGUGUGAGUGCGAAUGUUUUUUGUCUCCGUGUGCCCUGCGAUCGGCUGGCAACCGGUUCAGGGUUUCCCCCACCUACUGCCCGAUGAUGGCUGGGAUGGGCUCCGGCACUCCCGCGACACCCGUGGGGACUAAGCGGUUCAGAAAAUGGAUGUUGUACUUACUUUUGUUGUCAGUGGUUAAGUAUUGUGUUAUUUUGAAGAGACACUAAAUUUACAAGUACAAGCUGGAAGUUCUACAAGCUGUAGACUUUACAGCUUGUACUUGUAUAGCCAAGUAAAUUUAUUGUCUCUUCAAAAUAAUAGACUGUAGACUGACUACUUUGUUGCAAAGUAUCAUUUCUUCAGUAUUAUACAGUAUAACAAAAUAUGUAUUGAUUUAAUUGAGAAAUUAUCUAUAAUGUACAUUCAUCAUGUAAGGCUUAUUUUGUUUAUUCCUGCUGGUAGGAUGUUAGUGAUUAUAAAAAGCAUGAAUGCCUCUUCCAGCAAAUAAGCUCAGAGGCCCCAAUUUAUUGUACCACGUAUAUUUACUUUUGGACAGUUUUCCUUUUCAAUCUCCAUGCCGCCACUUUCAGAUUCACAGACACCUCUCUGCAGCCUCCUCUUCUCCGAAUGUUUUUAGUGGCUGUGUUUUUGCCGUUUAAAUUACAUUUUGUGGCAUUAUAAAAUGAUGAUCAAAUGUUUGCUUUGAAUUAAAAGUUAAUGCUGAAAAAUAAGAGGCUUAUUCUGGCCAGUUAUCAACCACACAUCUUUCAUUUAACACACACACACACACACGAGCAGACUGGAUGUUACCCGAUGAGUCAAAUGUGCUCUUAUUAGACUGUCGCCUCUCCCGCCAUUCGCCAGCAUGACUGUGUGUUGAUGUUUCACGCUUGGCCUAGUACGUGCGUGUGC